UUUCUCCACCUCGGUGGCCGGCGUCUCUGCGUCGCUCCUUCCUCGGGAGCGGGGCUUUUACGAGCUAAGAUUCCAGAUGGCAAAUUCUAUGAAUGGCAGAAACCCUGGUGGUCGAGGAGGAAACCCCCGAAAAGGACGGAUUUUGGGUUUUAUUGAUGCUAUUCAAGAUGCAGUUGGACCCCCUAAGCAAGCCGCAGCGGAUCGCAGGACCGUGGAAAAAACUUGGAAACUCAUGGACAAAGUGGUCAGACUGUGCCAAAACCCCAAACUUCAGUUGAAAAAUAGCCCUCCAUAUAUACUUGAUAUUUUACCUGAUACUUAUCAGCAUUUGAGACUUAUAUUGAGUAAAUAUGAUGACAACCAGAAACUUGCCCAACUCAGUGAGAAUGAAUAUUUUAAAAUCUACAUUGAUAGCCUAAUGAAAAAGUCAAAAAGGGCAAUAAGGCUCUUUAAAGAAGGCAAGGAGAGGAUGUAUGAAGAGCAGUCGCAGGACAGACGAAAUCUCACAAAACUAUCCCUUAUCUUCAGUCACAUGUUGGCAGAAAUCAAAGCAAUCUUUCCCAACGGACAGUUCCAGGGAGAUAACUUUCGUAUCACGAAAGCAGAUGCUGCUGAAUUCUGGAGAAAGUUUUUUGGAGACAAAACUAUUGUACCAUGGAAAGUAUUCAGACAGUGCCUUCAUGAGGUGCAUCAGAUUAGCUCUGGCCUGGAAGCAAUGGCUCUAAAAUCAACAAUUGACUUGACUUGUAAUGAUUACAUUUCAGUUUUUGAAUUUGAUAUUUUUACCAGACUAUUUCAGCCUUGGGGUUCUAUUUUACGGAAUUGGAAUUUCUUAGCUGUAACACAUCCGGGUUACAUGGCAUUUCUCACAUAUGAUGAAGUAAAAGCACGGCUACAGAAAUACAGCACCAAACCCGGAAGCUACAUUUUCCGGUUAAGCUGCACCAGGCUGGGGCAGUGGGCCAUUGGCUAUGUGACAGGGGAUGGCAAUAUCUUACAGACCAUACCGCACAACAAGCCCUUAUUUCAAGCCUUGAUUGAUGGCAGCAGGGAAGGAUUCUAUCUUUAUCCUGAUGGGAGGAGUUAUAAUCCUGAUUUAACUGGAUUAUGUGAACCUACACCCCAUGAUCAUAUAAAAGUUACACAGGAACAAUAUGAAUUAUAUUGUGAGAUGGGUUCCACUUUCCAGCUAUGUAAGAUUUGUGCUGAGAACGACAAGGAUGUCAAGAUCGAGCCUUGUGGGCACCUGAUGUGCACCUCUUGUCUUACAGCCUGGCAGGAGUCAGACGGCCAGGGCUGCCCAUUCUGUCGCUGCGAGAUAAAAGGAACGGAACCCAUCAUCGUGGACCCCUUUGAUCCGAGGGAUGAAGGAUCCAGGUGCUGUAGCAUCAUCGACCCCUUUGGAAUGCCGAUGCUGGACUUGGACGAUGAUGAUGACCGGGAAGAGUCCUUGAUGAUGAAUCGGUUGGCAAAUGUUCGAAAGUGCACUGACAGACAGAAUUCCCCAGUCACAUCACCUGGGUCAUCUCCCCUGGCACAGAGAAGAAAGCCACACCCAGACCCUCUCCAGAUCCCUCAUCUAAGCCUCCCACCAGUGCCUCCUCGCCUGGACCUAAUUCAGAAAGGCAUAGUUCGGUCUCCCUGUGGCAGCCCAACUGGUUCACCAAAGUCUUCUCCUUGCAUGGUGAGAAAACAAGAUAAACCACUCCCAGCCCCACCACCGCCCUUAAGAGACCCUCCUCCCCCUCCACCCGAGAGACCUCCCCCAGUGCCCCCUGACAACAGACUGAGUCGUCACUUCCAUCACGUGGAGAGUGUGCCUUCCAGAGACCAGCCCAUGCCUCUUGAAGCCUGGUGCCCGCGGGAUGUGCUGGGGACUAAUCAGUCGGUGGGAUGUCGCCUCCUUGGGGAUGGCUCUCCGAAGCCUGGAAUCACGCCUGGAAUCACGGCGAGUUCCAAUGCAAAUGGACGGCAUAGUCGGAUGGGCUCUGACCCAGUGCUUCUCCGGAAACACAGACGCAAUGACUUGCCUUUAGAAGGAGCCAAGGUCUUUUCCAAUGGUCACCUGGGAAGUGAGGAAUAUGAUGUUCCUCCCCGGCUUUCUCCUCCCCCUCCAGCUGCCACCCUUCUCCCCAGCAUCAAGUGUACUGGUCCAUUAGCGAAUUCCCUUUCAGAGAAAACAAGAGAUCCGGUAGAGGAAGAUGACGAUGAAUACAAGAUUCCUUCAUCCCAUCCUGUUUCCUUGAGUUCACAACCAUCUCAUUGUCAUAAUGUAAAACCUCCUCCUAGAUCUUGUGAUAACGGUCACUGUAUAUUGAAUGGGACACAUGGCACAUCCUCAGAGAUGAAGAAAUCAAACAUCCCUGAGUUAGGCAUAUAUUUAAAGGGAGAUGUUUUUGAUUCAGCCUCUGAUCCAGUGCCAUUGCCACCUGCCAGGCCUCCAACUUGGGACAAUCCAAAGCAUGGUUCUUCACUCAACAGGACGCCCUCUGAUUAUGAUCUUCUCAUCCCUCCAUUAGGCGAAGAUGCUUUUGAUGCUCUGCCUCCGUCCCUCCCACCUCCCCCACCUCCCGCAAGGCACAGUCUCAUUGAACAUUCGAAACCUCCUGGCUCUGGCAGCCGACCAUCCUCAGGACAGGACCUUUUCCUCCUUCCUUCAGAUCCCUUUUUUGAUCCAGCAAGUGGCCAAGUUCCUUUGCCUCCUGCUAGGAGAUUACCAGGUGAAAAUGUCAAAUCCAACAGAGCAUCCCAGGACUAUGAUCCGCUUCCUUCAUCUUCGGAUGGUUCACAAGCACCAGCCAGACCUCCUAAACCACGACCCCGCAGGACUGCACCGGAAAUUCAUCACAGAAAACCCCACGGGCCUGAGGCAGCAUUGGAAAAUGUCGAUGCAAAAAUUGCAAAACUCAUGGGAGAGGGUUAUGCCUUUGAAGAAGUGAAAAGAGCCUUAGAGAUAGCCCAGAAUAAUGUGGAAGUGGCCCGUAGCAUCCUUCGAGAAUUUGCCUUCCCCCCUCCAGUCUCCCCACGUCUAAAUCUAUAGCAACCAAGAUCAUAAAGACCAGAAGGCGAAGCAAUCGCUGACUAUCCCAGGCGUGUGGAGAGAAAAGUGAGAUGGGAUUCAAGAGAGAAGCUUUCUCCUCCUCACGUGGCAUCAUUGAGAAGAGAGGCUUGGAAGUGGCUGCUUCUCAGAAGACAGCUGCUGCUUGCUCAGGAUGCCAAGGGCUGUGGCUUCCUUACUUCUGCUAGCCAUACUUUUAAAUCAGGGUUGAACUGACAAAAAUAAUUUAAAGACGUUUA